ACGGGAUGCGAGAUCAUGCCCGCAACUUAAUGGCGAUCUAUCUUAUCGUAGUUGACGCGUCUAACUUAACCACCACGUUCCGCCCGCCCGCUUGAGCUGGUGUUCUGGAGUAUCGCAGCUCGUGUCGACAUCCUCAUAUUCAUACCAGUACGCCACUUGCUACAGCAGAAAGUCUUUAGCAUGGACUCCGUGUCCCCGCAGUGCCGAGAGCUCGUCCUGCCGCCCGGCUUCAACUUCAGCUUCGUCCUAUCGCUUUUGAUCCUGAUUGGGAUUUUGCUCUCCUACAUUCCUCAGCACAUCCGCAUCAUCCGGCUCCGGAGCUCCUUCGGCAUAUCGCCCUUGUUCGUCUUGCUGGGGGCAACCUCGGGAACAUCUGCAUUUGCGAAUGUUUUGACCCUUCCAGAGAGUGCUCGUGAUGUCGCCUGUUGCCGGGAGAUCUCUGGAGUAUCCUGUUUGGCCGGCCUGCUGGGUAUAUUCCAGAUUGGAGUGCAGUGCUUUUGUUUUUGGGUGAUUCUUCUUCUCUUCCUCGUAUACUUUCCCCGCGCAACCUCCACUACAGACCCUACAGCCUCUGCAUCCCCAGCCGCCGCAUCCCCAGCCGAAGGAGCUCAAACCAGCGACCGCGAUGAACUACCCUCCUACCGCUCCGCCGUCUUCGUGACUAUUAUCUGCAUUGUCCACGCCGCCGUGAUCUUGGUCAUGUCGAUUGUCUUUGCAGCUACACAACCGAACCAUCUUAAAGCAUGGGCGAACGUUCUAGGAGUCAUGGCCGCAAUACUCGCAUCGAUUCAAUACCUCCCCCAAAUCUGGACAACGUUUCGGCUUCAAAAGGUUGGCAGUCUCAGUAUUCCGAUGAUGUGCAUUCAAACACCGGGGAGUCUGGUAUUUGUGGCGAGUCUGGCACACAGAUACGGGGCAGAAGGAUGGAGCGCAUGGGGUGUGUACGCUGUGACGGCAAUCUUGCAGGGCACAUUACUUGUUAUGGGAAUUUCCUUCGAAUAUCUGGGACCAAACAAGGAUAUCAUCCAAGAGCCGUUCAAUCCUGACCAUUCGACUGUUGACCAGUCAUCGACUGCAGGAGAGGAAGAAAGAGAACGACCAUCAGAGUCUACGCCUCUUCUCCAAACCCAACAAUAAGAGCUAUUCAAUACAUGUAUAUACCCCUAAUACAUAAUACAGACACAAUCUAUCCAUUCCAAAAAAUAAAAAACAAAAA